AUGGCUUCCGCUUGCAUCAACAACAUCGGUAUGUCACCUGAGCCUUUCUUCUCAUGGGAUCCCGAACCCGACUUCGAGUUCCGUCUCCAAGAUCCCGUCACCAUGCUUCCCGCCGACCAGCUCUUCUCCGACGGUAAACUCGUUCCUCUCCACUUCAAAACAACCACAUCCAUCUCUGCCACCACUUCUCCCAUAAAAGCCACCACCGCUUCCAUAACAACCUCCGACCCCAUUCUCUUCUCUCCCAAAGCACCUCGCUGUUCCAGCCGCUGGAAAGACCUCCUCGGCCUCAAAAAACUCUACAACAACUCCACCAACACAACAACAACAACAUCAACUACCAAAACAACAUCCUCUUCUCCUUCCAGCAAAUCGUUCAAACAUCUCCUCAACCGUAACACCAAAACAACAUCCUCAUCAGACAACAAUUCUCUCAGUCUUCCUCUACUCAGAGACUCCGAUAAUGAAUCUCUCUCGAUCUCUUCUCGUCUCUCCCUCUCCUCCUCAUCUUCAAGCCACGACCACGACGAUCUCCCACGUCUCUCUCUCGAUUCAGAAAAACCCAACCCGAUUUCCAUCCAUCGUAACCCAAACCCAAACCCGAAUCCGAAUACGAAUCCAAGGAUCCGGUUAGUCAAACCACGAGCAGGCUCCUUCGACGGAAACAAACCCGAUCACCACCACCACAACAACAACAACAACCACCGCUCCGGAAGAAGCCCGAUCCGGAUGGAAUCAUCCACUACGCAAGGGUGCAGGGGAGCUUCAGUAGACAGCCCUAGAUUAAACUCAUCCGGGAAAAUCGUAUUCCAGAGCUUAGAACGUAGUUCGAGUAGUCCCGGAAGUUUCACCGGCGGGCCCCGGUUCAAGCAUCGUGGAAUGGAGCGGUCUUAUUCAGCUAAUGUCCGGGUCACUCCGGUUCUUAAUGUUCCGGUUUGUUCGUUAAGAGGCGGUUCAAAAUCCGGUUCGGUUUUUGGAUUCGGUCAGCUUUUUUCUUCGCCGCAGAAAAGAGAAUCUUCGACGGGUGCAAAUAGCAAAAAUCAUCAACAUCAACACCAACACAGUGUUAGGCAUCAACAACACAAACACCCUUAG